GCAGUUAAAAACGUAGCAGCGGCAGCUGUUUCAACCUCAAUUAUGGAUUCACCUAUCUGACACCGAGCUGUGCAUUUAUUUUCUCAUAGUUGCUAUGUAUUGCGUGACUAUCUAUCAGAUCCAUAAUCACCGUCGGGGAAUGUCACAUAGCGACUAGAGACAGUGCAGUGUUGAGCGCAGUAGCCUGCCUGCCUACCUUAGAAGUAUAAUCUAGUUGCGCACUGGGCUAGGCUAUAUGCUGCGUCCGUCCGUACAUCCGUGUGCCUCUUUCCGUGAAUGGUACAUCGUUUAACGGCAUUAAUCGACCAUUGUUGGAUAACUUACUUAUGAAAGUCUCUUCGAGUUCAGUGGACAGAGCCAGCGGCUGUAUGGGAAAUGAAUGUGGCCGGGAAACAGCAACCUGAACUGUUAGAGCGACCAGCCAGCCUCUUGAUUCCAAUUUGGACAAAAGCUGGAAUUGCCCUGCUGUAUAAUAAGGAGACCAAUAAUACUUAUGAUGUCCGUCUGAAGCUGACAAAAGAGGUGUUCACCAUACAGAAGCUGGAUGUGGUUUGCACAAGAGGGGGUGACACAAAAUUAAAUCACAGAACUGUCGUUCUCCGAAGGCAGGCAGCUGGAGGUCUGGGUCUAAGCAUCAAAGGGGGUGCUGAGCAUAAAGUGCCUGUGGUCAUCUCAAAGAUGUUUAAAGAUCAAGUAGCAUACCAAACUGGGAAGCUAUUCGUUGGGGACGCUAUGUUACAGAUCAACGGCAUCAAUGUCGAAAAUUGUAGUCAUGAAGAAGUUGUUCAUCUCUUGCGGACUGCUGGGGAUGAAGUCACCAUCACUGUUCGGUAUCUCAGGGAAGUUCCGUCUUUUUUAAAGCUACCACUGGGCUCUCCUGUAUCACAGAGUGGUCAAAGUAGCAGAGUCUCUUCACCACUAUUUGACAGUGGUUUACAUUUAAAUGGGAAUUCUACCAACACAGCUCCAUCCUCGCCCUCCAAACCCUCGGCUAAUGAACCAAAGUACGAGAAGCGCUGGCUGGAUGCAGUGGACCUACCCUUGUUGAUGGGCCGAGUCUCCAGAUACAAAGCCGGAACGGAUAAAUUAAGGUCGAACAGCUUUGAGGUCUGCGCCUUAGAUGGAGCGAGCACCAAUAUUCUACAAUUUUGCACUGCAGCAGAAAGCACUGACUGGCUUCAAGCAAUAUCAAGCAAUAUCAGUGAUUUGACACUGGAGAAUAUGAAAAUGAUUAACAGAUAUUGCUCUCCGGAUGAUCAGAUCGUCCACAUGGGUUGGGUGUGUGAAAACCCACAAGCUAACGAUGCUGGUCCAUCAAGUACCUUCAAGUUCCUGGCAUUGAGAGGCCCUUCGCUGUUCAUCUUCAGGAGUCCUCCUGUUAGUGCAACAGACUGGGGACAAGCUGAAACCACGCAUAUCCUUUAUGAGGUUCUGUUAAAGGUUCACAAGCUAUGGAUGGCAGAGGACUGCUGGAUCCAGGCCAGGUUCUACCUUGGACUCCAGCAGGACGAGGAACUGCAGGACGGAGAGCCUUUCUGUUUCAGUGUCCUGGUCGGACACGGCCAGAGCCACACCUUCAGUGUGGAGACGACCUCUGACCUCGCUGUGUGGGAGAAGUCCUUCCAAAGAGCAGUCUUCAUGGAGGUGCAGAGAGUAGGGUCAAAGACCUACAUGUGCAGCAGCCAGGGUAAAGUACUGUGUUUCACCAUAGACUUUGAAUCAGGCUUCACUUGUUCCGAGAGCUCCUCGAAGAAUAUAUUAUGGAGAUACAAAUUCUCUCAACUGAAAGGCUCCUCUGAUGAUGGGAAAACAAGGGUGAAGCUCCUCUUCAGGAAUGCUGAAAACAAACAGAUAGAGAGGAAGGAGCUGGAGUUUGCCAAUCUGACGGCAGUCCUCCAUUGUAUUUCUUCUUUUAUGGCUUCCAAAGUGGCCUCUGUGGACCAGGUCUUUGUCAACAGUCAAAGCAACUCUGGAAAGUACCUGAGUUAGACACUUCUUGGUGUUGUCAUGUACAUUUUAGUCACAAAAGCUAAUCAACUAUUUUAUGCACAUUCAAAUUAUAUGUAUAUCUUGUUCCUGUUAUUUUUGUAAGGCUCUUAUUAAAUAAGAAAACUAUAUUUAAAAAAACACAUCUGACUUUGGAAGUAGAGGAUAUUUAUAUUUGCAUUAAUUGGAUGGUAUUGACAUAUGAAUAUGAUAAAGAUUAUUUCAUUUUGUCCAUGUAGAAAAACAUCUGUCACAACAAUGGUUUCUAUGUUUGUUUGUGUGUAUAGACACCGCACAGUUUUGAAUUCAUGUGUAGAUGCAAGUUAACUUUUUUUUCAUAUUUGCAAAGUAAAAGCAGAAUCGAUAGAUUUUAUACUGUACUAAUCAGCACACAUGCAAACAUUUUGGAAUUUGUAUUCUGCUGGGCUAUACGGUCUCUGGUUGUUCACUUAUCCCAUGACUUCAGCAUGACUACAGAUGGCGUGGCUGCAGCAUGAUUUGGGGAAAAGAGUGUCUGAAGUGUGUGUGUUGGAGGCCCACAAAUGCAGAUCUCGGGGCAGGCUUUCAUGACCCCAGAGGGUAUUUUUAGUUUGUAUUUCAGUGUAUACAGUCACUGCUAGUCACUGAUAGGCUUCUAUAACAAAGGGUUGUGUGGAAUGAUUUUAAAAAAAGACUGGGGAAGAAGAUGCAGGUUUAUUGUAGCAAUGGUGUCUUACUGUAACUAUCAGGUGACUAAAAUGUUAGUUUGUAAAGUUAAAUCAACAUUUUGUUUUACGUUCUGUAGUCCUUUACUUUGUAUGUAGCCAUGCACUUUGACAGUCAUUACAAAGCUUACGAAUAUAUAAAUGUUUAUAUUACCUCAUUUGUUUUCUUAUCUAUUACAAAUUAA